CUUCAGUUAAAAGUUGAGUUCCUUUUCAACCACAAACUGCAAAAGUUGAAAGGGAACAAUAAUAUUAGAGCUCAACAAUUUUUGUCUUGAUUAUAGGCUACAGUUUACUCGAGCCUACAAAAAUGAAUUCUUUUUCGCUUCAUUCCUCCUCCUUCAACCCACCAAAUCCAACCAUUUUCCGUCCCCAUAAAACCACCACACCCAGAACCCUCACAAUCCGAAAUGCAAUUCCGGCUCGUGACAGAAUCAUCGACUUCGGAAAAUACAGCGGCAAAAUGCUCGGAACCCUCCCGUCGAAUUACCUCAAAUGGGUCUCCAAGAAUUUACGGGCCAGAGAUUUCGAAGAAUGGGCUAAGCUCGCCGACGAAGUUCUGGAUGACCCGGUUUAUAAAGAUAGGCUGGAAUGGGAGCUUGCGGAGAAGGUGUUGAACGGCGACGUUUUGAGCUCGAAGCCGUUUGAGAACGGCGGCGCUGUUUCGGAGCUGGUGGACAUAAGCGAGAGGUUUGGAUGGGAUAAUGAUGAUAAGGUGGGCUGGGCUAAGGUUGAUUUUGGGCUUCUUGGGACGUCCAAAGGAGGUAGGAUUCCGAGAUUGUCGUCGACGGAAGGGAGGACACCCAAUAAGAAGAAUGCUGUUGGGCUCGACAGAUUAAAGCCCAAGUCGUUGGAAAAUGGGCCGCCAAUGGAGCCGGAGGAUGGGAGGAGUUUGAGGAGGGAAAGGUUGAAGAUGAAGAGGAGGAAGAAGGACAGACUUGGGGUUAAUGUUAAUCGGGAGGUUAAUUUGGGUAAUUCAAGUGAGGUUAAUUGGGCGGGAAAUGAGGAAGAUCCGGCGGGUAAAAAGUUUCCAGGGCGGGAAGCAUUUUUGAAGAAAGUACUUAAACGAUAGAAGGUAGCAAAUUUUUAUUUUUAUUUUUUUUAACAGUACGGUGGCAAAAAAUUAGUAGUGUAGUAAUUUUAGCCUUUUGUUAUUGUUUGAUUUUAAGCCAAGGAAAAACAAAUUUUCCUUGAUGUACCGUGAAAAUUGACUCUAGUUAUUAUAUUUUCUACCUUAGAUUUACCGAUUGCGAAGCUUUAACGGGUAUCAUUACUGCAUCUUUUGUGACCAAAUUAAAGCUAGUAUAUAAAACAUUUAUAAAUUACAUAAUUUACAUUCAAUAAGAUGUGACCUAUAUAGUUUAGGUAUUGUAACUAAUAUACAUGUAUUUCAU